UCGCUUGUAAACAGAAAUAUGUGAUUGUGCGUUGGGGGAGCAGCCACAUAUCACACAACGCAUAAAUGAAAGUGUCAGCCGAAGGUAAAAAAAAAAUACAACCACUAGCGGAGUAUUGUUUGUGCAAUGGAGAAUGGUGAAUUCACCCUGGAGUUCUUUUGUAGACUGUGCGCUUCGGAGGGGGUGGUAAUACAUCCGCUAUUUCCUCCUGGGGAUGAUGACCCGAAGGACGAGUUGGUACGGAUGAUCGAUGUGCUUACCUCGGUGACGCUCACACGGACACAAGACACCGGUGCAGUAAUAUGUGACAAGUGUUUACAGAUGUUGGAUUUGUUUUGCCAGUUCAGAGAGGAAUGUCUGCGACAGGAUGUGAUGAUCCGAACCCGGCGAGUGUUGGAGAAAGAACAACGAGAAGCACAACAGCGGUUAGCAGCACAGCAACUUUCCGUUGCGGAUGAGGUGGUUGAAAUUAAGGAGGAAGAACCAGAGGAGCCACCGACCAUUGUGAUAGACGAUUGCAAGGAGGAGGAGCAAGAUGACGACGAGGAACCGUCCCAGUCAACGCAAUCAGUACAUGAAUCUAGUCUCGUAGCCAAUAGUAGUUGUUUUCAGCCACCGGCGGAGAUCUCCCUUUACUCACAGUCAUCUGCGAUUAGCAAUUUGUCGAUAUCGGUGCAGGUGAACCAGAUAUCGCUGGGUGACAGUGAACCUAAUGUGGCGCAUAUGGCGCCUCCCUUAGACGAAACAUCCGUAGCCAGCGCAGAGUCACGUGCUCGGUCAGCCUUCCGGAAGGGGAAGCUCGAUCCGAACAAACCGCCACCCGAUUGCGAGCUUUGCCAAGAGAGCUUCGCGACGCAUUACGAUUACGAGCAGCACAUGGAUAAUGUGCACGCGUGGGACCGCGGAUCGCGAUGCUCGCUGGCUUGCGAUCCCUGCCAGAUGCGGUUCACCAAAUCGUACAACCUGAAGAGGCACAUGUACGAGGUACACGGCGAGCUGGCACCCGGCCUCACGGUGACGGCAUGCGAGUUCUGCGGACUGAAGUUUCUCCGAGGGUACACGCUCAAUCGACACGUUGCCAAGAUGCACAGCAAGCGGAAAGCGAAAAAAAUGAUGGUCAUUAAGAGUAAGUGAGGACUGCGGGAACAGUGCAGGGCGGGGUUGAAUGAGUGGCCAUAUUUGUGUGUAGGUUAGGGCGAAGGAAAGCGGGAGGACCAAAACAUACUCAGAUAUUGAUAUUGCGAGACGGUGAGUGGAGCUGUGGGACUGUGAUGCAAUUUUUUUCGAUUUAGAUUGAUUUCAAUCACACGCGAAACAGGUUUUUUUUAAUACUAGGGAUAAAGCUCAUAUGAGAAUAUGUUGUUAGAGACGAAUGAACUCUCAGAGUUUAAAGUCUCUCUAAUUCAUUACCGAUUACCGAGAAUAUGUUUCCUGGAAAGACGUGCUUAUGAAUUGUAGCUUAUGAUAUUGGGAAAAAUGUAUGCAUUUUAAAGCUUGAAUUGGAAACGUGGGACGAAAAAUUGAUUCACUACGACAAUCCAAAACGCUAACGAUCGUAUGUCAAGUCCGGCCAAAUAGAAACGUCAAUUCCGAAGCCGGAUAUCCACGGUGCCAAAGUAAUGCUCUGUAUUUGGUUCGAGUUAACAAGGGUUCACCCGGCUUGUAGCCCCAACCUUGCCCCUUCCGGCUACCAUUUGUUUCAAUCGAUGCAGGAUGCUUUGAGUGGAAUAUGCUUUACUUCAGAACAUAAAAAAAUUGGAUGGAAUAAUCCUUGGCCUCAGAAGAUGAAUACUUCUGACGCGACAGAAUCCGUAAAUUAUCAGAUGGAGGGGAAAAAUAAGCGUCUAGCGAUGGCCAAUACUGUGAAUAAUGUAUUAAGGGGGUAGUGCACUAUGAACACCAUAAAAAGUAUGUGAUUUUUACGAUUUUCUUCAACGAGAAAUAAAUUACUAUGAUUAAUCUGAUAUCAUAGUUUUAUUAUGUAGGGUAAGGGUGGUAAAGACGGACACCCUAAGUAAAAGUUGAUUUUUUUUCGUGAAAUUCACAAAAAAUAUAUAGCUAUUUCACUACAAAUUGAUAGUCUAGGUCUCUUUUUAUAAUGAAACUUGUCUUUGAGGCAGAAAUUUUGAAAAACUAAUGUGUCCGACAUCUUUGAAAAAAUAAGAUUGAGUCGGGAAAGAGGGACACUAACUGAAAAUUCAAGUUUAUGUACUCGAUAAGUUUUGGAGGUCUUCAAAUAUGAUCUAACAAAAAUCUAGACAGCUAGACAUAAAUCACCUAGAAGGGCUUGUAAUUUUUUCAUGUCUAAAAUAGCUUCCAGCAUUCGGAAUGAUCAAUUCGGAUUACGUUUUUAAAACCGCUCUGCUUAUUCGUCCAUGAUAUCUGGUUGCUCUUGCAAACGUAGUUAGUGGGCAUCUGUUAAUAAAAGAAGGAGGAGAUAAUAAUUUUUUUCUCAAAACAAAACAAAACGACUUGAUUAGUAUUUUAUUCUCGUCAAUAUUUCUGGAGUAGAAAUGAGAAAACUUCACCGCUGAUUCGAUAAACUGGAAGAGAAGUGAUGGUAGAAUAUUCACGGAACGAAAACUACCCCAAAAAAUUACUCGAUAAUAAUGAAAGCCUCACUUUCUGCACACGAAAAUUUAUGUCGAGCUGCUCUUCGUAGAUUACUUUUUUGUUUUUAUUUACAAUUUUAACAUAAAGCUAGCUAGGGGUAUACAGUAAGUGUCAAAGGUAUUGAUACACUGUAUUGCAAGUUUAUCCAUCAUUAAAACUUAAAAUAAAAAUGUAAUUUACCCAUUAUACAGGGGUAAGGGGUGUCCGUCUUUCCCGACUUUCCCCUAUAUAUUACUUAACAAACGAAAAAAAGGUGACAAUUGGACUGUCCCAUGAAUAGCCGCAACCGGUUUCUUGAACCCUUGCAGUCAAAACCUUGUAAACUGGUGGGAGUUCUACAAGUUUUUCCAGUAGACCGAUUUCCUACGUAAUCGUAACCGUAACGUAACUUUUUUUUACGUAAUCUUGGAUAUAUUUCCUGUCAUAGCACUUAGAAUUUUUUCAAAAUAUUGAUUUUUGAUGAAAUGGCGACAUUUGUCGUAAAAAAAUUGCGUUUAUGCCUAAAAUAUCGAGACAAAAAUAUUCACCAAAAUUUCAUUUUCAAAAAUAUCAAAAAAUUAUACGAGGUUGUGUCCAAGAUACGACCGCAUUGUUGACGUAGAACUAAGCUGUUUUUUUUUUAUAUAAGUCGCUUGUUUAUAUAUUCGGAUAUUAUUCUAUAAUGCUUUGGCGCACAAUCUUAAUGUCUGCUUCGCCAUAACGUCAGUUUAAUGCAUUGAUGCAUCCUCAAAGGCACCAACGAAGCCCUUUUGAUGACGGAAAACAAACAAUAUUAACUGCUUGGAAAAAGACUGAAUUAUGCCACACAGCUUGUACCCUGCUGUAACACCCAUCGAUGAGAAUUCGCUGAUGAUUUUGUCAAGAGCGACCGCCUUCAUCACCAGCGGGGGGAGCUUGAUUUGGUUGCUGCCUGGGUAACGGCGUUUACAUUUUCGAGCGACGCGCCGAAAUCGCCUACUUCGCUGUUGAUCGAUGCGGUGUCACACUCGCGAAGGCUCGGUUCAGUGUGAGCGCUUUUCACUGCACCAACAUCGCGUGCAUCAUUAGAUGACGAUGCCUCGAAAUUUUAUUGUCCCUGGCAAUGCGUUCGUUUUUUGCAGGGCUCGAGCCUGCCUUCUUCUUUUUCUUGCUCAUCACACACUACGCGAAGUGUCCAAUUUAUGACGCGGAAAGAAAAACACACGAUACGAAUAACGCCAAAAACGAAUUGAAAAAACCACACGACGAUAUCCAAGUUGGAUUACCACUGGUGGGGUCCAAUCUUAGAUCGAAGCGCAGCGAAAGCAAAGUGAACUGGAUUGCUCAACAGUCCGAUGCCGAAUGAAAGUUUGCUUUAGCGAGAUCCACUGUUUAUACUCUAGGCAAGUAUUCCCCUUCAUUCUUCUACUUUUUCUUUGUUCACGGAGACUUUAAAUCUUACGACUUCCCCUCCGUUGGUCGUCGAUAAGUUGCUCGUUGUUGACAUCUCUGUUCGGGAAAGCACACAAAUGGACAGAACAAAUGUAUGGAAAAAUGGAAACGCUCACAUUUUUCAUGAAUUUUAACCAUUUACAAACCAGGGAAUUCUAAUGUAUAGCAUAUUAAACAAAUCUUACGGAAUUUCCGAUUCGUUUAGUAUGUAAAUCGUCAAAAUCCGUUCACGGCAAAAAUAGUUAUUAACGUUAACUUUAUUUCAUAAAAACGUGACCUGUUUUCUGAUUUGGCACCCUUAAUGAAAGACGUAGUUCUACGUCAAAAAAUCCUACUUACAUUGACAGGAAAUUUAGUGGAGAAUCUGGGAAAAAAUAAUUCAUCAAAAUCGGAUGGACCGUUCCGGAGGUGGAACUCCCACCAUAUUGAAAAACAUGGUUUCGAGCAGGACCCGAGUUCUUCGAAGGUGAAAAAUGAAGACCGGCUCUACUCUCAGUAGCUUCGUCUCGACUAGAACUGCUUCGGCAGUCGCCGUGAACAAAAAAUGACUUGACUAGUAAAUGAAUUGACUAGCGUUGACUAGCGAGGAUGACUGGUGAACUAGUCCACUGGGUUAUUUUAACUGACGCGAUUGAUGAAUACAAAUUUGCCUCUUCAUUCAACUGACUUCAAUCCACACUUCCAUUUCCCCCUGAGACUAAUUUUAUACCCGCGUACGCAAUCUUAUUUUUACGUCCACAUAAAGAGGAACGAGAACUUGAUUCCUGAUGCAAAAAGUCACAGGAGGGUUGUGUCCGAGACACGACCGCAUAGUUGACGUAGGAUUCCAUCAGGCUAUCUGUUGAUUUUGGAUAUGUUUGAAGAAUUACAUCGUUAAACUCUUUGAUAAUGAUUUGGUGACCAAACGACCCGUUCUCGAGCUGGAACACACCUUGGUUUUUAUAUAUGAAAAUCGAAAUAAAUCGUUUCAUAUAUCAAGUAAUUUUCAACACAACUGCUACAAUAUAUUUUACACUUACACUUGUGAUAAAUUUUUCACAAUACACGAUCAGUCAUUGAUAUGCAAUUCCACGAAGCAACAUUUCGGUGAGAGCAAAAGCUCCCCCUACUAUCAUGUAUUUGCAAAGCCGAUUUCUCCCAGGCAGCUUGGUUUUGAUGUCUCUGUUAGGGACCCGCCACACGUGUUGUAAAUUUCGACCAAUCAGAUGUGGUUAUUCCCGUUAGGAUAGAGGUUGAAAUUUUUCAAUAGUUCGAUAGUUAGUUUCAUGACAUAUAUUAUUAUCUUCAAUAUAAAACAUUGUUUUGAAGUGGCGAAAUCGAUUGAAUCGAAUUUCAUCAAUCCAUCAUGAAAUGACUGAGAAAUAUGCGUUUGAAAUUGGACAAUUUUCACGAUGUGCUCGAUUUUCGAUUUUCAAUUGAUACCCCAACAUGUUCCCGAAAGACGUAAUCCUACGUCAAAAAGUGGUUACCCCAUCAAUGGACGAUUUAUUGUCCACCCAUCGUGAACUCAAACCAACGAACUUAGACAUUUAUCAGGUGUUCUAUAAAGGUCCUCGCGUUAGUAUUAGUAAAAAGCGAGCAAAAUAGCGCACACACACUGCACACUAUUUUAUACGUGUGACUAAUUUUCGUGUAGCAUGCAUAAUGAUACAUGGGAGAGAGAGAGGAACGAAUUUGUUUUAGGGGAAGUCACUUGAAAUGAUAUAGUCGAGACCGUAGAGGGGGAUAGCGACUAAACGCCCGACUGACUGUUUAGUCGUUUUGGUGGAGAAACUGCGUGAAGAAGCCAAAAGUCAUUUCAGACUGAAUACGGAUAUAGUCAGUCAGAUAGUCAGCUGACUAUCCUCAGUUGACUAUGACUAUGCCGAGCCCUGGGGUGACAUUGCGCAUUUCGAAACGAGUGAUUUAUGUUCGUUUCGACCAUUUUGACAUGCCUUUGACCAGCUUUGUUUACGAACCCAAAAAUUUUACAUUUCUCUACGAGACAAAUUUUGCUCUAAAUCUAGUACACCGAACAUAUGAACUUGAAAAAGAUACAUAAUACUAAAACCAACUCGAUUUGAGUUCGAAUUUUCUCGAAACGAGUUACUCGUUUCGAAAUGCGCGAUGCCACCUCUGGUUUCGAGAAAAACGCGUUUUAAAUAUUUGAUACAUUUACUUAUUUUACAUCGUGCCUUCAGUCUGCAAUCCCUGGACCCUAAAAAUGUCCUACAACACUUAGAAGGUGAUCUUCCUGUCGCUUUUUUGUUGCCAAAAUGGGACUUGCAGGCUUCUCUAGCUGCUUCUGACAUCCGCAUCUCUGCUCGUUCGGCUCGUUCCUCAUCGGUUCGAUUAUAAAUCACUCUUGUAUCUGCUUGGAAUAAUCAUGGCGAAAAGAAUGCAGCAGGCAAUCGUGAGAUUGCACGAUGAAUCAUUUCACACUCCUCCUUAAUUCGGGACUUAUAGUGAACAUAACAAAACAAAGAUUGGAAAACAACAUUCAAUGAAUGAAUACUCCUUUGGAAAGCUCGCACGAAACAAAAUAACGAGUGCGUCAAAAUAGACUGAAUCUGCGUGUAUGUAUUUUCCCUUAUACUCUUUUCCUUGUCAGCAUUUAAGUGCACAUGAAUCCACCUUCCCGCUCACCAAUAACUUGCGUUAAUAUGGUCUUUUGCGUUGGCUUAGAUCGUUUCAUUCUAGACACAAAAAAAAAAGUCAUUACAAUAGUGCACAGGAAACAAAUCGAUUUCAACUAUCUACCUAUAUUUAACUGCCGCGAUCGAGGCUCAAUGAUUGCUAUUUGAGUGAAAAACGGAUGAUUUUACAGAGACACUCGCUGGUUCAAGCAAAAGUUUCUAAUUUGAUUCUAUCAACAUCUAACGUCAUUCCGAGAGGCAAAUGAGGGAAUGCUAAAAUUUCUGAGAAUAGAUAAGCGGAAUCGAGACAGUAUUUUUCCGUUCUAAUCGAGAAUGAACUUUGCGAAGAGGAUAGGUGAAUGUUUUCUGUCUCAAAUAAAGUGAGGCAUAAACGGAGAAUAGAAGGGUGAGUUUUAUCUGUGAAUGAGUGUUGUUGAACGAAUUUCGAUGUGAUUAUGCCCAUACCUGAUGGUAGCACUUCGGUCCAUUAAUUGGCUUAUAACUACGGAACGGAGCAUCGGGCAAACAUGGGACAAAAACUACAGUAAAGAAGACAUUCCAUAGAACAUUUUAAGCCAGAAUUAUGUUUUGACGUAGAACUACGUUUUUCAGGAAGGGUGCCAAAUCAGAAAAUAGGUCACGUUUUUAUGAAAUAAAGUUAUCGUUAAUAACUAUUUUCAUUGUGAACUUAUUCUCAUGAUUUGCAUACCAAUCGAAUCGGAAAUUCUCUAAGAUUUGUUUGAUAUGCUAUACAUUACAAUUCGCUAAUCUCUAAACGGUGUAAAUUCAUGAAAACUGGAAGAACUUCCUUUUUUUCCCGUACAUUUGUUCUGCCGAUUUGUGUGCUAACCCUACCCGUAUUUCGAAUGCUUAUAACUCGAACAUUUCUUAACAGAUCGCAAAGGAUGUUUACAUCGAUUGAUAGGAAAUAUUUCUACGCGUCUAUCACAAUUAAUAAAAUAUUAUUUUUCAUGAGAUGAACAAUUGAAUAACUGUAAAAUGUAAAGCGCUAUAUAAACGCCCUAACUGUCAAGUUUUGAUUGACUCGAUUUAUGGUUUCCCCAACACACACUUCUAAAUCGAUGUAACUGUAGAAAUUCGCUCUGCAAAUAUACAUGCAAGUCGGGGGUAACUUUUGGUGUUGAGUACUUUUGUACUCGUUUGUCGUUGUGCAGACCGGAAUAUGUUUCCCUAAAACGUACUUUUAAGCUGAGAAGCCUGGUAAAAUCGUCAUUUCAGAUACUAGAGGUGAAUGAACUUUCGCGGUUCGAGAACUACGUAAACAUGAGAUGUGCGAUAAUUUCAGUGGGAAAUGUAAAAUACAAUGAUGGUUUGACAAUUCUUCCGUUCACAUAUUUUAGGAGUCCUAGGCAUCAUAUCAAACGUUAUAGCACGUUCAUUAAAUUUAUUUGUAACUAUUACAAAAAUUUCGAUGAAUUCUAAAAUAAUAUUCGAAGUGGUAAACAAGUUGAUUGUAUAAUAUAAUUGCGUAGUUCUACGUCAAAAAUAUGCGGUCGUGUCCUAGAUACAACCCCUUACAUUUUUUAUUUUGUUAAGAUUCCAUAGUGUACUACUCCUUUAAUUCAUUCUAUCAUUUAAAUAUGUUGUGUUUUUGAUUUUUUUCAAAUAUAAAUGUGUUUUUCAUGCAAAAAAACAGAACGAUUCAAGUUGAACACCCAAUAUAAUAGUUAAAUUGUAUGUAUUGUUUCAGAAGUAGUAGAAUAUGCAUAAGACUAAAGCUCGGUAUAGAGUAAAGAGUUUUGGCACUAUAUAGUUUUGGCUGCUGCCAAUUAGAGCACCAACGUAAUUCAAAAGAAUUUCGAAUCAAUCAGAUUUCAACGUUCUCAGUCCUUGUCGGCUCAGACGGAUUCUAUGCAUGUGAUAAAAUCAAAUAGUUGCCAAUUCCACUAGUAUGUCAUGAAAUUCCCGCUGUCAGUUGCCAUUUGAAGCAACAUUUUUUAAUUCGAAUCCGCCCGUCUGUAGAAGAACUCCAGAAGUGUUCACAACCAUUGAAUACAUCCCCGGAGUCAAGAAUAAGUGUUAACGCGAAUCAAACAAAAUUUAGACGAGUAAAUCAGAAUUUUUGAAGCCUGAAGAUUUUCUUCGGGAAUUCGAUUAAAAUAAUUCGAUUUUAACCUAUAAUUGGACAUAUCAACAAACACAACACAAUGUGAAAAACAAGUUAAAACAGGAAAAUUAUUGAAAAACUACAAAUAUCCAUUAGAAAUGUGUGCAAAAUACAUAAUCUAGUAAAAUGAACUCAACGUUCGUAGACUUUGAUGAGGAAUACAAGCAAGAAGAACAUUUAGAAGAGCUUUUUGAAGAUCUACUAUCGGCCAACAUUCAUUCGAGCUGUUCUAGUGCAUUAGUACAAAUCACCCUCAGCAAAACCAACAAUAAACCCGUUGAAAAUGAGGUUCAGUAAAAUACAAGAUUAUUUUGAUUGGAAAAUGGUUGAAAACACUCCUAAAAAAUUUAUCGUGUUGUAGAAACUUGCACAAACGAUAUUUACAAAAAAUGUUCAAUUAGCUAGAUGUCAAUCAAUUGUGAUGGCUCUAAGGGUGCUCAUACACUGUUUGACCGAAGCCAAAUAUUUGACUCUUUUUGACAGAUAAAAUUUGGUCAACGUGUACUGAUCAAAUAUAUUCUACACAAAACACGACAAGCAAAUAUUCAAUUAUUGGAUGCCUAAAAUAUUUUUUCAGUUUGUUCUUCGAACCUGUCGGUUACCUUGGAUAUUUCAGUUGAUUUUUUUUCCAUGUUCGGUGUUUGAUAUUGUUUACUACUGUUUAAAAUUGAAGAGUGGCAAACAAAAUAGUGUUUGUACAAAUAUCAAAUCAAACCUUAUCUGUCAAAAAAUAUCAAAUAUUUGAUCUCCGGGCAAACAGUGUACGGCCACCUUAAGUCUUUCUAUUAAUAUUUGUUUCUUGCUCAAACACCUCCUCUACUCGCGCGUACGGUCUCACAGACCGAAAAUCAGUAAUUUUGUUUUGAGGAGGCUCAAUUCAAUGACUGUUAAAAUUGAAUGAAGUUAAAGAAAACAUAUUUUCUGGAGUUUUAUUUUAUUCAAUUAUAUUUUUUCUUUAAAUAAUGCCUAAAAAUACACAAUAGCUAUAUUACAGAGCCAUGCCGGGUGUUCGGGUUCGAUUCCCGUUCUGGCCGGGGGAUUUUUCGUCAAAGAAAUUUCCUUCGACUGGCACUGUGGUCAUGCGUAUUCUAGAGCUUGCCCCUCGGAAUACAUUCAAGGCGUGUUAUUUGGCUUAAGAAAUCUCAACUAAGUAUUAAUAAAUGACGCUAGUUAAUGACGGCAAAAGUUCCACAGGGAACGUUAACGCCAUUCAAGAAGAAGAAGAAGAAGAAUUACAGAGACACGCACGGCCUGUGAGACCGUGCGCGGGUAUACGAGUUUUUUUUGGGCGCGAGUACAGGAUGGUUAAUUGAGGCCAUUUAGCUAUCAAGAAAAAGUCAAUAUAAA